UUUGUUGAACCAUGAAGCCUUAAAUCAUUAUCAUGGCUCAUGGUGGUCUUCCCGAGCUUCUUCAGCAGCGGUACGACGAGAACCAUAGGGGAAGGAUGAUAUUCACAGGACAGCAGUUGGGUCCGUUACGAGCCCGGAGUGUGCACAAGAUUAAGGAGUUGGACCCUCGAUUCCACGAGCCACUCGCACGGGCGGGACUACUACCUUUCGCUCUCAUGAUGGCCGGAGCUCCCAUAGAGGUCGGUGGUAGGACACCUCUGCCGGCGAUUGAUGAGGCACUGCUCACAGGUCUCGUCGACCGGUGGUGUCCUGAGACGCACACGUUCCACUUUCCUUUUGGUGAGAUGGCUGUAACAUUGAGGGACGUGGCCAUGCUGACCGGGCUACCAAUCAGGGGCGCCCCGUUAAUAGUUUCGCGACCCGCAAGGGAGCAGUGGAAGGGUUAUGUUGCGGAUAGGUUUGGUGUGCAAUACGACGGGAAGGAUGCUGGCCUCUCCAUGUCCUGGGUUCAUGGGCUCCCACAGUUCGGUCCAUGCCCACUGGAUGCGGACGAGGCUACACUUAUGCAGCACUAUGAGGUGUACUUGUACGUCCUGCUCGGAGGCAUCAUGUUCUGCAAUACGGCAGGCGAUUAUGUCGUCCCCUAUAUUGUAUGGUUAGCAGCCCACCUCGCGUCACAUCCUUAUGAGCCUACAUCUUACAGUUGGGGAUCUGCAGUGUUGGCUGCAACCUACAGAGGUUUGUGUGAUGCAACCCAGCGAAUAAAGAGGAAGGCAACUAUUACAGGGUGCAUACACCUCUUACAGCUAUGGAGUUGGGAGUACCUCCAGGGUGAUCAGUGA